AUGAGGGGAAGAGUUUCCAAGUCACGGGCCUGCCGCUCUCAUCUCAACCUACCCAAGGCAUCGCAAGAGAAGCAGCUAGACGCUGUUGCGAGCAGGACUCAAGCAUCUGGCUUUGCCAUCCAGGCCUACAAUAAUGGUAUCCUUGACCCUCUCAGCUCCAAUCCUCCCACAAAUAUUGAGGAUAUCCGCACACGAUACGCCCAGUCUCGCGGUACGGCUUCACCAAUUAAGUCGAUGUACGAGGACUAUGUCGACACAGUUGGAAGAGCUCGUAAUGAAGCGACUAUGGUCUUCGAGGUUGGUUGGCAACUCCUGAAGAAUUAUCCAAGGGAGGGUUACAACCGAGUAUUCAACCAGGCAUUCACAGGUUUUCCGAAAGAUGCUGGUUUCAACAGCGGCUUGUCUGCGCCGCAGCCCGACUUUAUUGAAGGGCUUGAGAUGCCAGAAUACCGCCCAUUUCCGGUCGACGAGCAUGUCAAGGGGGCCGUUCUCUAUAAAGGCGACCCUUGUUCCCUGACAUUGCCACAUAUUGCCGGGGAAUGGAAGGGACGUGAAAAGGAUAUGGAAGAAGCGAGGUUGCAGAGCGCCUACGAUGAAGCUACCCUUGUCUACGCCCGGAACGAGGCGUUGAAGCUUGUCGGGGAACCUAAUCUUCCUAGUUGUGCCGAGGCCACAACAUUCACCACAGACGGCACUACUCUCAACUUGUUUGCGCACUAUGCUACCCCAUCAGAAGAUGGCACACUUGAGUACCACCAGUAUCCCAUUAAGUCGACAAGCCUCAUAGACUCUCACCAGGGGCUCAAAGACGGCCGAAUAGGGCUUAGGAAUGAACAGGACUAUGCGAGGAAACAGUCGUAUGCCGUGAGGGAUCAGCUAAAGGAGCACUGGAAGCAGCGGAGCAGUGCCCUCCACCCAAUUGUCGAAGAAGCUUCCGCGCCUAUUGCUGAUAGCACUUUCGGGGAUACGAACGCAGACGAUACUAAGUACGUUGUGGUUGAGCAACCCUAUCAGCCCACCCCAGCGGCGUCAAGCUCCGUCAAGUCGUCAAAAUCGGCCCCACCUGGGGAUGACAAUAUAUCCUGUAGCAGUAGCCACAAGCGGAAGGCCUCGUCAGCGCAAAGACCUUGUCGCGGAUCAUCCAAACCAAAGAGCAAGGCUCAAGAGUAUUGGAAAUGGGAUGCGAAAAGGAGGCAACACUUUCAUAGGCAUUCCGAUGGUAAAGUCACCUGGCUUGAGGAUUCUGAAGAUGAAAAUUAA